AUGGGGCCUAGGUCUGUGGCACCAACGCCAGUCAGCGAUGUCGACAAACUCUUGCAGCACUACGAGGCAUUCGGCGUCAUCAUCUGCCGGCCAUGCCAGUUCGCCAUUCAGCCAUCAGCGUUAGCGAGCCAUCUUCUAAAGCACCAAAUCUAUCGUAAUGAGCGCCGGAAACUCAUGGCCCGGCUAUCUCACCUGGAACUGAGAGAACCAGCUGAUGUUCCCAAGCCUGAACCCCUCUCCAAGCCCAUCCCAGAGCUUCGCAUUCUCAAGGGCAGAAGAUGCUUGUCGCCUGGCUGCGGAUAUCUAUGCACGAGUGACAAACGGAUGAGCCAGCACUGGAGCGACCUUCACGGUGAGAGGGAAAGUCGAAAUGUACUGGCACAGUUCGCGUGGCUUCAAACAUUCUUCAAGGGCAAUAAGAUCCGGUAUUUCGAGGUCUCCGCGCCGCAAGAGAAUGCUUUGUCCCCUAUCACCGAAUCAACAGACGACAAUACAUCACCAGCAGCUCGAUCCCAUCUACCGCCUCCUCUUGACAUGGAUGCGAUGCGGUACCUGCUACAUUUCGUUCACUCGACAAGCCUUACCCUUCCAAGGGCGGAGUCAGAAUCACUCUACUUCUGGUCCGUGCAGAUCCCGAACGAGGCUCUAGCGCAUUCUUUCUUGAUGUAUGGGGUAUUGAGCCUCGCGGCUACUCACUUGGCAUUUCUCGAGACAGAUACAGAGACCGCCAAAGUUUAUGCUGACGCAGCGUCGCGGUAUGAAGAUGCAAGCCUUGCCGACUUUCAACAGCAUGCUCAAAGUCCAAGCGAAAGCAAUGCGGUCGCCCUGCUUGGCUACGCACGAUGCUUGGGGACCGCCAGGCUAGGACGAAAACCAGAGCAUGGCGGUGUUUUCACUAGUACAGCGCAGAUGGCGGAAACCUUCCACCUCAUCCAGAGUUCAAUCGAGACAAUGAUGUCGCUGCAGAAAUUUCUACCCGAUGGAAGCGAUUUUAAAAUCCCUGUCGAGGAGUUGGAAGAGCUGGGCCGUCUGGCGGACGAAGAUGUCAUGCUCAAAGAUGCACAGAGCGUUAUGCAUAUUCCACCAGCCGUACUGCAACGUCUCGAUACCCUACCUGACCGCUUGAACGAGGCUCUCCCGCAAUCUCAUGCUCGGUCGCUGUCGGAUGUACAAGCAUGCCUAUCAGCUAAUACAGCGCUCAUCUCAGCCUUUGCACGGGCUUACUCCUUCUCGCCGUCUAAUCCCUCCUUUACUGGAUCUGCCGAGGAGAGCAAUACGGUAGCGACAAUCUGGGCCGCAAUCGAGUCCUGGGUGCGCUUUGUGCCUGAUCACUAUGUCUAUAUGCUGGAGCAAUCCGAUCCAGCGGCGUUGAUCAUCUUUGCACAUUUCUGUGUCCUCGUCAAGCGAUUUCAUGCCAAGUACUGGCAAUUUCAAGGCCUGGCGAAUCGACUGAUACGGCUUGUUGAGGUAAACCUGGAGUCGAAUCUUAAGCAUUUUGUUGCAGAUCUCUACACUUUGUUGGAUGACACUGGGGUGGAUGCAAUGCAGAUUUGA